CAUGGAAGCCACCACCUCGCUGCUGGAUGCCGCAGCGGUCGGGGACCUGGUGCUGCUGGACCCGCUUACUGAGAAGUCGCUGCUCCACACCCUGCAGGAGCGGUUCCGCCGCAGUGACAUCUAUACGUACAUCGGGAACGUGGUGAUCUCAGUGAACCCCUACCGGUCCCUGCCUAUCUACACCCCCGAGAAGGUGCAGGAGUACCACAACUGCAACUUCUUUGCUGUGAAGCCCCACAUCUAUGCUAUCGCUGACGAUGCCUACCGCUCGCUCCGGGACCAGGACCGGGACCAGUGCAUCCUCAUCACUGGCGAGAGCGGGGCCGGCAAGACAGAGGCCAGCAAGCUGGUGAUGUCCUACGUGGCGUCCGUGUGCAGCAAAGGGGAGGAGGUGGACAAGGUGAAGGAGCAGCUCCUGCAGUCCAAUCCCGUACUGGAGGCCUUUGGAAACGCCAAGACUGUCCGCAAUGACAACUCCUCCCGAUUCGGCAAGUACAUGGACGUGGAGUUUGACUUCAAGGGGGAGCCCCUGGGAGGGGUCAUUAGCAACUACCUGCUGGAGAAAUCCCGCAUCGUCCGGCAUGUGAAGGGCGAGAGGAACUUCCACAUCUUCUACCAGCUCCUGGCCGGGGGCUCAGCGCAGCUGCUCCAGCAGCAGAAGCUCCGCCAGGACUGCCGGCACUACGGCUACCUGAACCGGGAGAGCUCUGGCCUGCCCGGCGUGGAUGACGCGGCCAACUUCCGCGCCAUGCAGGAUGCCAUGAGGGUCAUAGGCUUCUCGCCCGCCGAGGUGACGGCGCUGCUGGAGGUGACAGCUGUGGUGCUCAAGCUGGGCAACGUGCAGCUGAGCAGCAACUACCAGUCCAGUGGGAUGGAGGCCUGCAGCAUCGCUGAGCCACAGGGUAGGGACAGGGAUAGGGAUGGGCCCAGCUCCGGCUUCGAGAUCUUCCAGGACAACGGCUUUGAGCAGUUCAUCAUCAACUACUGCAAUGAGAAGCUGCAGCAGAUCUUCAUCCUGAUGACCCUGAAGGAGGAGCAGGAGGAAUACGUCCGAGAGGGCAUCCAGUGGACCCCAGUGGAGUUUUUCGACAACAGCAUCAUCUGCAACUUGAUCGAGAACAGCAAGUGCGGAAUCCUGGCCAUGCUGGAUGAGGAGUGCCUGCGGCCCGGAGCAGUCAACGAGGAUACCUUCCUCACCAAGCUGAACCAGCUCUUCGCCACCCACAAGCACUAUGAGAGCAAGGAGACCCAGAACGCCCGGCAUGUUAUGGACGCCAGCCUGCCACCACAAUGCUUCCGCAUCCACCACUAUGCUGGCAAGGUGACCUACAACGUGACGGGCUUCAUUGAGAAGAACAACGACCUGCUCUUCCGCGACCUCUCGCAGGCCAUGUGGGCUGCCCAGCACACACUGCUGCGCUCCCUCUUCCCUGAGGGAGACCCCCAGAGGGUCUCCCUCAAGCUGCCCCCCACCGCAGGCUUCCAGUUCAAGGCCUCAGUAGCAACGCUGAUGAAGAACCUCUACUCCAAGAACCCCAACUACAUCAGGUGCAUCAAACCCAACGAGACCAAAACAGCAAUGCUCUUCACGCCAGAGCUGGUGCUGGCGCAGAUCCGGUACCUGGGGCUGAUGGAGAACGUGCGGGUGCGGCUGCAGCCCCUGGAGGCAGCUCGGCAACCCAGCGCUUGCCCUGGCUGUCCCCAGCUCUUCGACCUGGAGAGGCGGCGCCAGGAGCGCGUGGCCCAACUCGCCACCCUCAUCCAGAAGACGUUUCGGGGCUGGCGGUGCCGGACCCAGUACCAGCUGAUGCGCAAGAGCCAGAUCAUCAUCUCUGCCUGGUUCCGGGGCCUCCUGCAAAAGAACAAAUACAAGCAGAUGAAGCAGUCGGCACUGAUCAUCCAGGCGUAUGCACGGGGCUGGAAGUCUCGCCGGCUCCCCCGGGAGCUGAAGUCCCAGUGCCACCGUCGUGCGGCCGCCACCACCAUCGCCGCUUACUGGAGAGGGUACCAGGCGGCGCAGGACCAGGCAGGCCGGGAGCCCCAGAGUGGCGCUGGGAGAGAUGGGCAGGGUGUGGGGGCGCUGUGGUGCGGUGGGGAGCUGGCGUGCCUGCGUGGGCGCGCUUAUGUCGCGGUGUGA